AUGGCUGAUGAGCCCAUGACAGAUGAUGAGGUUCCCGACAUCAAGGAUAUUGACACUGGUUUCCUGGCAGAGCAAGAAACACGGCUCGCCAUCAAGGAUAUUUAUACUAGUGUCCUGGCAGAGCAAGAAACACGGCUCGACAUCACUCCCAACCUUCCUUGCAACGCGCUUUCGGGUGGCGAUUACGAUGAUUUAUAUACCUUUUAUGGCUCAGAAGACAGCUCCGGAGACGAAGAACCACCUAACACUGAGCCAAUCUCGAUUAAGAUUCCAGAUUGUCUUCUCGUGAGCCCGCGGUCAUGCUACGACCCGUUUGAGCCGCCAAGCCCUAUCAUGUCAGAGAGGGAUGCUCUGAAAAGGGUUACCCCAAGAAGAAUUCUCGAAGACAGUUCUCUCGAAUUGCAGCUUGACGACUUUGCUGUCUACUGCAACACCGGUGCCUAUCCUGACGAGAUGCGCCCGUUGCAUCUGCAUGGCACCGGGACAGACUUGUACUUUGACGGAGUUGUUACAAACGGGACGCAAAGUGCCUACGUGCGCCGCGUCAAAAUACACGCACUGCCAAUUGGUAAUUACGGUCCAGAGUCAACGGACUUGACAAAAGACAAGAUAUGGAUCCAGAGCGAGGACAGCGCCGAAAGCGACAUCUACUACAGAUUGAAAACGCCGGCAAUAGAAUACAAGAGAUUCUUCGAGCCAUUUCUAUGGGUGGCAGAUCUUGCUAAGCACUGCGUCGAUUUUCUGGAAGCAAUGUACCUUAAGAAGAAUCGCGUAACCAUUCACCACUUCCGACUAGACUUCGCAGCCUGGCUUCACGCCACCUAUGAAGCAUCCGACAAUCGUGAAGAGGUCCUGAUGUGGAUGUUGAAAUACCCCCGAUGUGAUUAUGGAUCUGCUGUUAAUACGAACAUUGCAUUUCUACACAAAGAAGCUGUCGGAACUCUGGGGGACACGAUUACCAACUUUCACACGUUGUGGAACGAGGUACACUUUUUUCAAAAGUAUACUCCGGCCCCUACUGAGAGUCGGAACAUCUGUACUGUUGUGACUAGGUACACUUACGACUGUUUUAACCACCUGCCUUUCGGGAGACUACUCGAGGUCAUGGACCUUGGUGUGACCACGAAGCGUCUGAGGUCGGAUCUCCUCGCUCAACGUCCGUCGGCAACAUUCCACAUGCUUCCUAAUCGAUCUGACUCGGCCGAUGUUAGCAAAAUCUGCCCCGGCGAUACAAUUUCCACAGCGCGAGACGCGGUCGAAUCCGGAACUGUUUGGGAAAAGGAGGCCGCACGGGACGAUCAUCACGACGAGCUAUGGUUCGCCCUCGUCCAAGAUGUUUCCUUUGACAAGGAUGGCUAUCGAGUCUUUGAGGUCAUCUGGUACUAUCGUCCUGUUGAUACACUAUGUGGACUUAUGAAGUACCCCUGGUCGAAUGAGCUGUUCCUCUCGGAUCACUGCUCAUGUGACGAGGACUCCAAAAUCCGAGAGGAUGAAGUGCACGGAGUUCACCAGGUGGAAUUUGGCGGGACGCCUGAGACCACGAAAGAUUUUUUCUGUCGUCAAAUGUACCUGGCAGAAGAUAGGACCUGGGUUUCGCUCUCGCAGGCACAUUUGAGAUGUCGUCAUGUCCAGGACGGACCUGUUUCAUCUUAUGAGGACGAGUAUUCUCUAGGAGACACGGUGCUCGUGCGAUGGGGCAGAAACCGCAAGCUUUGCCAACCUUGCGAGGUCGUCUACGCUGCCGAGGAAUUCGGAAGACUUCGAUACACCUUUCGCAAACUACUUAGCCGCCGCGACGUCGAUUCAACAGCAAGUAACGCGCCGCCAAAUGAGGUCGUCUACACCGACGAAACUGUCAAACUCGGGCGAUCACAUAUCGUUGGCCGAUGUCACGUUCGAUGGUUUGCCGCCACUGAGCAAAUACCUACACCGUAUGACCGUGACGGCGUCGGCGCAUACUUCUUCUUCACUCAUCAGAAGGAAUGCGGGGAAGAAGGAUACACCAUCUCUCCGCUGGAUGAAGCGCCGUGGUCAAUGAAUCAGGGUCCGCGACAAGACUCGGUGCCAAAGCUGCGGGGCCUUGAUCUGUUCUGCGGCGGAGGAAACUUUGGCCGAGGUCUCGAAGAAGGGGGUUCGAUCAUGAUGAAAUGGGCCAACGACAUGGACUCAAAGGCGAUACAUACAUAUAUGGCCAACGCAAUAGACCCGGAGCAAGUGUCUCCGUUUCUAGGAUCCAUUGAUGACUUUCAACGGCUUGCAAUGCAGGGACAAUUUGCAGACAAUGUCCCACGCAUCGGAGAGGUUGACUUCAUCUCCGGUGGCAGCCCUUGUCCUGGAUUCUCCACGAUGACGAACGACAGGACUACGGAUCCGCAAAGAAAGAACCAGUCUCUAGUAGCCGCAUUUGCCUCUUGCGUCGACUUGUAUAGGCCUAAAUACGGCAUACUGGAGAACGUUAUGGGCAUCAUCCAGAGUUGCCGGGAUAGAGACCAGGAUGUGUUUAGCCAGCUUAUGUGCGCAUUAGUCGGCAUGGGCUAUCAAGCUCGACUCUUCUUUUUGGAUGCCCUUUCAUGUGGCUCUGCUCAAAUGCGCUCCCGCGUCUUUAUUGUUUUCGCCGCGCCAGGAUGGACCUUGCCCGAGAAGCCUCUGCAGACACACUCGCAUCCACCCAGUGUCAAGAACGCCAGUCUAGGCCGGCUGCCGACAGGGGAGCCAAUGGCCAAGAGAGAAAUCGCAAAAUGUACGCCGUUCCGGUACAAGAGCGCCUCCCAGGCGACGGCUGGCCUGCCCACGAUAUACGACGCCAAGCCUGAUAUCUGCGUUCCCUUUCCGGACCACCGAGUGGUGUCAGGCACCAACACAAACUUGAUGAGGAACCGGGUGAGGCUGAUUCCAAAGUUUCCGUAUGGCAUGAACUUCUCCCAGGCUUGGUACGGGUAUUACGGCACCUACCCUCGCGCUGCAGGGCUAGGCAGGCUAACAAAGUCAGAACGCAGCACAUUCCCACCCAGUCGUCAUGGAGAAAAUACCAAGGUAACCUCGACCUCGAUACAGUCCAACGCGUAUGGACGACGAUUGCCACAUCAACUCAUGGGUACCAUUGUGACGGCAGCCAGUCCCACCGACGCGAAACAGGGCCGCACAAUUCACUGGAACGAGGACCGGUGCAUGACGGUCCUCGAAGCGAAGCGUGCUCAGGGCUUUUUGGACUCUGAAAUCAUCCUGGGAACGACGACGACCCAGUACAAGAUUGUCGGCAACAGCGUGGCCAGGGAGGUUUCGCUGGCUCUGGGAACCGUCAUCACCGACGCCGUUAUGCGCAGCUACGGGCGCGACUGUAAGCACAGCGCGGUCGAACAGGAAGACGAGGAGGUCGAGCAGGACGAUGAGGAGGAGGAGGAGAUAUUUGCGACCUCGCCGUUGUGGGCGAGGGCGGCGCGGCGUCGCGACGGAGAGUCCGAGACGCCGGGAACAAGCGUGCCGACGAGUCCGGGAGCCGCGGCGUUGACACGAGAAAAGAACGGCAACAAUAAGCGAUGGCGAGAAUAG